AUUAGCUUGUGAUUUUUUUCAUCAAGAGAUUUAUCAGGUAUAUUAAAUGUCAACUCAUGAUAAAAAUUGGUCAAGAAAAUUGUGUAAAGUAUUAAGACAUUGUGCUCCAGAUUAUGGACUUCAUAUGAGUAAUGAUGGAUUUGUUUCUGUCAAUGCUUUAUUAGCCCAUGAUUCUUUUAAAGGGUUAACAGUUGAUCAACUGAAGAGGAUUGUUGAUGAGAAUGAUAAAUCUCGUUUUACACUUCGUAUGGAUCUAGAAACAGGUGAAUUAUUGAUUAGAGCAGCUCAAGGACAUUCUAUUCCUCUUUAUGAUGAUCUGCUUUUACAACGAGUUACAUGUAAAGAUCUUCUUCCAAAAACAACGGUUCAUGCAACAACUCGUAAGAAAUGUAUUGAAAUUUUCAGAUCUGGAGGACUUUGUGCUAUGAAACGCAAUCAUAUUCAUUUAGUUUCUUAUCCAGAAUGUUUAGGCAAUGGAUCUUCAUCUCAAAUACGUGCUUCUUCAGAUACUUUAAUAUUGGUUGAUGUUCAAACUGCUUUUGAUCAUGGAAUUUCUUUUUUUUGGUCUACAAACAAUGUACUUUUGACACCAGGUGCUCCUAAUACACCUGGUUGGCUCUCCACACAAUAUCUUAAAGGUGCAAUUACACGUAGUGGAAAACCUAUUGAAUUACCUUGUACAAUUUUUGAUUCUUGAGAUUAAAUUUUAAUGGGAAACAGGCAAUUCUUAUUCUUUCAUA